AUGACAGAGUUUCCAGAUAUUCCCGCUCUUCCGAAAUGUCGUCAGAUUUGGCAGGAUGUGCAGGCGUUAGAAGCGGAAGGGGAGGUACAGUAUCUUAAGGCUCGGCUUGCAAAGGUCAAGCUGUUUUUGGAGUACGUGGAAGAACUCGACAGACAAAAGCAAAAGCAUCACCCCCGGACUGCGAAAGAAUACGCCACCACUGAAGUCUGUGGUGCAGAGAGGGGCAGGGCUCGGGAGAGGUUCCAUGACGAUAUGACCGUCGGGGCGCGGUGGUGGUGGGCUGGGUGUUUCCUGGGGCUUGGAUUCAUUCUCAUCUGCAGCGAGGAAACAGGGAAUACGAUAAAUGACAGAUCCUUCGAAUUGGAUCCACUAAUGUUGUAUAUUUUAUACAACUGUGGGAGCAUCCUUGACUGUUGCAGCAAGUUCGACGGACUAGUGGACGGGCUCUUAGCCAACGACCUUUCGACCAACAAACGCAACUUCCCCAAACAGAUCAGCAAGAAAGAAGUCGAGGAGUGGAUCAAAGAUGCAGAAGUUACCAAUCAGGAGACAGUACCCGCCAUUCACUGGGAGGCCUGGGAUCUCGAUGCGGCGGUGAACAAAGCCUCCAUGUUUCUCUCUGCUCGUUCAAGCACACAGUCCUGA